GCUUUGUUUCAGCGGGUCCAGCCUGCCCCCCCCCCCCCCCCCCCCAGCGUGCUGCUCUUGGUCUGAUCGGUGAGCCCUGGGACACAGGACCAGCUUGUUUCAUGACCUGCUCUAUUCCUGGAGCCCAGAACAGGACAGGCACUCGGCUUUCUUGAUCAUGGAUGGUGAAGAUAUACCAAAUUUUUCAAGUUUAAAGGAGGAAACUGCUUAUUGGAAGGAACUUUCCUUGAAGUAUAAACAAAGCUUCCAGGAAGCUCGGGAUGAGCUAGUUGAAUUCCAGGAGGGAAGCCGAGAAUUAGAAGCAGAGCUGGAGGCACAGUUAGUACAGGCUGAACAGAGGAACAGAGACUUGCAGGCCGAUAACCAGAGACUGAAGUAUGAAGUCGAAGCACUAAAGGAGAAACUAGAACAUCAGUAUGCACAGAGCUACAAGCAGGUGUCGGUAUUAGAAGACGAUUUAAGUCAGACUCGGGCCAUUAAGGAGCAGUUGCAUAAGUACGUGAGAGAGCUGGAGCAGGCCAACGAUGAUCUGGAGCGAGCAAAGAGAGCAACAAUAGUGUCACUGGAAGACUUUGAACAAAGGCUAAAUCAGGCCAUUGAACGAAAUGCAUUUUUAGAAAGUGAACUUGAUGAAAAGGAAUCUUUGUUAGUCUCUGUACAGCGGUUAAAGGAUGAAGCCAGAGAUUUAAGACAAGAACUGGCAGUCCGGGAGAGACAGCAGGAAGUCACCAGAAAGUCGGCGCCCAGCUCUCCGACGCUGGACUGUGAAAAGAUGGACUCUGCUGUGCAGGCGUCGCUUUCUUUGCCAGCUACUCCCGUUGGCAAAGGGACGGAAAACAGUUUUCCUUCACCCAAAGCUAUACCAAACGGUUUUGGUACCAGUCCACUAACUCCUUCCGCUAGGAUAUCAGCACUAAACAUCGUGGGGGAUCUCUUACGGAAAGUAGGGGCUUUAGAAUCCAAAUUAGCGGCUUGCAGGAAUUUUGCAAAGGACCAGGCAUCACGAAAAUCCUAUCUUUCAGGGAAUGUUAACUGUGGGCUGAUGAACAGCGACAGCACAAAGUUCCCUCGAUCAGGACACACGUCUUUCUUUGACAAAGGCUCCAGCGAGGCCCCUUCGAUGUGCAGCUGACGCCGGCCAGACCGGCUGGAGGAGAAGCUGAUGGGGCCGCCCCGCCUGGAGAGGACACAGAGCAGACGACGGGGCCGUGCGGUUGUUCCGCCAUCUCCGGACUCGAACCGGGCGCCCUUCCUCAGGACGCCGCGUGGGGUGGGCGGGCGGGGUCGGGAAAGGCUCUGCGGCCGCCUCUCCUGCACCCCCGCCAGCACGGGGUGCACCCAGCGGGAGGGCCCCGGUCUGGGACGCCCGAGCCAGCUGCUGGGACAGAGACGGGAAGGAAGACGGACAGAGGCAAGGUCCUACCUGCUGACCAAGCAGCAGCAUUUCUACAGCGGCCAGACAGUCCGUGUUUUAAUUAGGCUCUGGGGGCCGGGAAGGUCUCUGGUGCACGUUCUUGUUUUGGCUUUUUUUUAGAACCCUUUGUACGUAAAAACGUUCUUAGCUUGCUGUGCACAAAGCAGCGCACGGCCUGUUUGCUGACGCCCGUGCUGGCACGUUCUGAGGGAGAGAGUUAGGCUCUGGGGGCGGGUCAGAGUCCGUGUGGGGAGGAGGGCGAUGGCACCGGGGCCCCCUUGCUGCGGAUGCCCGGACAAGGACGGGCACCUGGCCUGGCCCUCCAGCUUCGUGCUGGGGAUUUGUGUCGUCCGCUAGUCAGGGGCGGAGGACCGCCGAAGGCCGGGAAUCCCGAGGGGGUGAAUGCCAAGUGGUUCGGGAGCGAGAACGAGUAACCGCACGUGAACCUAAGGGGCCUCCGGCCCAGGCGCUAGGCCCACAGACGCGGCUGCCGGCCAGGCUCCCGCCACGGACUCUCCGACACCCAGCGCCUGUCCCUGAAGCCCCUGGGGUCGCUCACCUCAGCCGGUUCUUGAGAGUGCUGACCUCGCGGCUCAGGCCCUCGUUGGCCUCCGUGGCAUCAUCCAGUUCCCGCUGGAGUUUACGCCGAGACGCGUUGGCACGCGUGGCUUCCUCUUCCGCUUCCUCCAGCUGCCGUUUCAGCUGCUUCAUCCUGGCGUUGGCCUUCUCCAUCUUGGGGAGGUCACGGGACCAAGUCGGACCACACCGGGGAGAUCAGAGUCAGCACGGCCACAUCCUGAGCAUUUAGCACAGCUCACCACCCCGAGAGCCACGUGAGCGCACACAUGUACGUCCGUGUACACACACGCACGCACGCACACGGGGGAUGGGCUGAGCCUCUUGGUCAGCCUGCCGCUCUCAGCAAAGCCAGUGUCUACCAAGCAAACCAUAUACUAAAGGAGACUUAAAACAUGUAAGAUCCUACCCCCCCCCCCCCCUUGAGUUUUCCGCAGAAACGACAGUUUAGGGUCUUCACGGGAGUGCCCCGUGGGAUCACGAGGAGGAAUCCCUCUUCCUGCAGAGUACGAGAGCCAACGAUGUGGACGGUCUCCAGCCCUAGCAGGUGGCAGUUUCUACAGUCCGUUCAAUGCGGGUGUCUCGGAGGGUAUGUUUGGAUUCAAGUGCAGAGCCGUCCGGCGAGCGGACACCGGAACUCUGUGACGCAGACACGCGCCAGUGCCUCGCGGGUCUCCCCCUCCCGGAACUGCCCUGGGUGUCGCUAGGUCCUGAAGGUGGGGGAUGGAGGGAGAGCCUGAGUGGAGCCCGCCUUCCCUCCCCGUGUCUGCGGUGACAAGUCUCAUCACGGCAGAGGGAGCCAGAGGGAGAGCAGGGCUCCCCAGGCAGCAGACCGAGCGGACGUGGCCGCGGCAACCGGUCCCGUUAGCGCUUCCCCUCGAUGCGGAGACAGAGGUGCCUGGGUGCACGUGAGAAGACCCCGCAGGUCCCGCACACGGCACGUUUCUUCUGUCCGUGUCCACCCUGAGUCCAGCCAGUGCCCAGGAGCUGCUCUGGGCCUUCAGGGGGAGGACGGCACACGUUUGUGACGCUUUCUUACCCUCGCCAGUCGGUCGGUAACGCCGGGCCCGCCUUCUUCCCUUACCUGUUCUUUGUACUGAUCUGCGUGGCGACGCUCGUCUUCCACCUGCAUGAAGAUCUCCUUCAGCUUCUUCUCCGUGCGGCGGACUAGCUUGUUGGCGGCUGCCCGUUCCCUGUUCAAGUGACCAACGCGUUAGUGUUCGCGGCUCUAGAAACGACAGCUGAACGAGGAGAGCGUUUUUAAGGUCCUUUUUGUCCGGGAGAGGACACAAGCUAGACUUUUUCCAGGACCUCUGACCAGAAUGAUGGUGUAAUUGCUGUGGCCCGGAAACCUUUGUUUCCCCUCUGCUUAAAGUAUGGGUUCCCUCUCAGGUAUCCUAACGGCGCCAGGCAGAAAACGUGCAUGUGUCGGGGCUUGACACACAGCUAUUGGUCGCUUUAUUCAGUGAUGAUCUCAAGGGCAAAGCUACCUGUCCCAUAAACUGAAUUCAGAGUUUUUGAGGGCAAAACUUUGGUUACUCUAAUUACCUAACUUUUUAGCCUGAAAACCAAACAAACCAAGACCCAAUUUAUUAACUGACCGUUUCAAUUUAAAAUUGACGGACUGCCUACCAAGACGCCAGGGGCUAGUGCGGCUCUAACACUGACUCUUGUUGGAGCCAAGCUAAUCAGCAGGCUUCUAGACGGGCCCACACAGGCCCUGAUAGGCCACAUGGAGAACUGCACUGAGAACAGAGAAUAUUCUUUUGUUCCUUCACAAAUGUGAUGCAAAAAUGGACAGCCAGGGAGCUAGCUGGAAAGGGCAAGUCAUGUUAAUUACGGCGGCCGCCAACAAGCCCUUUUAUCCGGAUGCAGUGGAGUCUGGACAGCGGGAAGCCCGGGGUUCCUCUGGCACCAGGAAGUCACCAGCACGGGCCGACACCACCUUCUGUCUCCCACUCGGGUGACAGGUGUCCCCGUGCCACCAGAGGGCCAGGGGCGUGUGGCGGUCUGGGCCGCGACUCCCGGGCUCGGCCCGGACCCGGCCUGCAGUGGAGACGCAGGGAGGUCUGGGGGUGAGGGCGGCCGCACCCUCUUACUUGGCUUCCUGCUCCAGCUGCUCCUCCAGCUGCCCGAUCUUGGCUUCCAGGGCCGAGAUGGUGGCCUUGAACUUGGACUUGACGGUGCCCUCCAGUUCCUGCAGCUUGGCCUUGAGCUCCUUGUUCUGCCGCUCCAGCUGCUGGCGCGCGUUGUCACUCUUCUGGGCGGCGCUGCGCUCGGCCGCCAGCUCUGCGUUCAGCGUGUCCACCUGGAGAGGAGAGCCGGGUUUAGUCGCUCGCGCCACGGGGGCAGUGCAGCCCUUCCCGGGCGCCGGGCCGCGGCGCGGGCCACCUGCAGCGUGGUCUUGCGGAAGCGGUCGUUGAGCAGCUCCGUGUUGCUCUGCUCCUCUUCCAGCUCCUCCUCCAGCUGCGCGAUCCGCGCCUCCAGACGCCGCUUCUCAUCCAGCAGCGCAGACCUGGCCGGGCGGGGAGGGGACAGCGCUCAGAGCAGGGGCCGCGGCACGACCCCGGGGAGCUCACCUCCCCGCCGCUGGAGCUUUCUGGGCUCUCCUCUCUCCCCCGCACCCAUCCCCGUCCCCCAGUCUGUCCACAAGCCCCGGCGAGGACGCUUCCGAACCCGCCACCCCAGCCCGGGCCCCGUCCCUUCUCCCUGCCGCACCUCCCUCUGUCCUCCACGGCCCGGGUCCCACCUCCAAAGUGAUCCUGGCACCCUCUACCCCGGACUGUGCUAGAAGAGGACCGUGAUGAAUCCUCAGGGCGGUAAUUAAACGGAGAAAGAGUCUUAACUGGAAAGAACUAGGACUUCACGAGAAACGCGUUCGAAGUCUUAAGGCAUCUGCUUGCCAAACCUCGCGAGUCUGGGCGUGGAGACCUGCGCGGCCGGGCCGCACGGCCUGCGCCAAUCGGGCUAUAGCUCCAACUGUGCCUCCUUCGCUCCUGCGGUGGGAAUGGCCGGUGAGGGGGUGGGGCCCGCCUGGGUCGUGCGGCCGACCGGCGCCAAGGCCAUCUGGACGCUCAGCAACUUGUGCCCGUCCGUGCAGGCUCCGAGCGGAUGAGCAAGUCAACCACGGACUUCUAGGUGCCAGACGACCCGGCCUUCCCGGGUGACAGGUGUGCCCCGGGGGGAUGGGCUGCAGGCGCCUGAGCGGGGAGGGUGGCACCGUCGCCGGUUUCUAGCCCAUCCUUCCCGCCCGCUGCCAGGAGACUCACUUGCCAGAGGCGCUGUUGGCGAUCUCGUCGGCCAGCUCGUCCCUCUCCUGCUCGGCGUGGCGGCGGGCUCGCUCAGAGGAGGCGAGUUCCUAAGGAAGGUCGGAGUGGGAUUUAAGCUCCGGGUAACGGGUUCCUCAACCGUGAAGCCAGCCGGCCGCGGCCACCCUGGCUCCGGCCCCCUUGCUGCUGCCGGGCCUGAGAGAUUAAGCCACAGCCUGGCUGAAGACAAGCCGGGUGACGUGCUACUGUCCACGUCCUUCCGCACAACUGUCCCCAGAGGGGACUCCCGGUCCACGGGAGGGCUCUGCCGCCAUUUCCAACGGAAGAGGCAGCUCUGUUCCCACCCUCCCUAGAAAGCGGGUGUUUCUUAAUCCUAAACGCGGCACAGACCUCCUGCAAGCCCGCAACUAUACCGGCUCACGGUCUUGAAGGACCUGUCACGUACACAGUAGUGCAGUUUGGAGGUCAGGUCCACGGGACUGACCGGUGAACAUCAAGGUCCCAGGAAACGCGGUAGUUGUGCAGGGAAGUGGGGACCACAGCGCCCGUGGGGAGUGUGGGCGAGGGUGAGCCCUCAGGCUUGUGCAGUAAGCAGGGCCUGGCUCCCGAAGGAGGCGGGAGUCAGGCUCUGAGGCGGUGCGGGCGGCUCUCUGUGAACCGCGGGCCGGGCCUGUCCUCUGGAGGAAGAACUGCCUGGUGCAGCUUUUCCACAAAUUUCUUCGGAAGAGGGUUCGCCACAGGAGGCAGCCAGGGUGCGUUUCUUAGCCCACGUGGGUCGAGACUAAAAUCCUGUUCUCAGGAUUUGAGAGCCGCGCCGUUUCCCUUACUGCACAGGUGAGGAAACGGAGGCCUAACGGCUGACGCGAUUCGCCAGGUGCCCAGACUGGUCGGCGGCAGAAACUCGGGGUUCUGACUCUCCCCAUCUGGGCCUCUUGCCACCAGCUGGCGCUUCCUGAAAAUGCCGUAUUUGGCAAAAGCACAGCUUUAAAGAUGCCCGUGGAGCAGGGCCGCAUAAAGAGUUCGCCCGUGUGCUUGGCAUGUGUGUUCACCUCUUACGUCAGCGCACGGGACGUAGGCGAAAGGCCCGGGUUCCGGCACAUGCCGUCCUGACCCGUGGGGUGGAGCGAGCCCAGCUGGGAGGGCGGCAGCCACGAUACUCUGGGCCCGACCCCAGGGCCUCAGAUCAACAAACACCGAGCAUCAGCUCUGCCAUCUGGCCUCUGGUGCUCCGUCCUUUGCCCACUGGCCGGGCGUGCCGUGGACACCCACUGGGGCAACCCGUGGGAGAAAGGGGAGGAGCCUGAGGGAAGGAAAAAGAAACAGAAGGGCAGGGCUAGCUUUCCAGGGGGUCUCUUCUCCCUUAUCUAAAGUCUGAAAUAAACACUUUCUGAAAAGGC